GAAAUUAUUUCCAAGAUUUUUCAUAUUUCGGCGCAAAUGAAAUUGAUCCUCGUCUCGGAGUAAUGAUUAUUGUUAAUAAUGAGCCCAAAAACUGGUUAACGAAAUAGUUAGAUUGUGAACCGUGAAGCAAUUACCGUGAAGAUGAAUUUCGGGCGCAUACGCAUCAAUAAGUGCGGGUUCGUGAUUCUCGGCCUGCUAUUUGUCGGCGCGCUCUACUACCUUUGGAAUGGUGGUUCGAGUUCGAAUGGCUACGCGUUCAGUAAAAACCCGAACGAGAUCAAUCUGCGCAAGCUGUUGAUCGGUUCGAUUCAGGCGGCCCAGCACGGCGGCUUCGAAGUGGUGGCCGUCUCCAAGUCGCGUGAUUUGCACGAACAGAGCAAAGGCAAAACGCAGGAAGGGGCCAACAACCCCGUUACCGAUGCGGACUAUCGUUCGAAUUGUGUGAUGAAAAAUGGGCUUUUGCGAAUCUUCCCCAAGCUGCGGAUCAUCUCGGAAGAGGACGACCAGCAGGAACGGUGCGCCGAGGUGCAGCUGUUCGACCUCGACCCUACGGUCCUGCACGAAACAGCCACCGUGCCGGACGAACGGAUCAACAUCGAGGACGUGGCCGUGUGGAUUGAUCCACUGGAUGCAACGCAAGAAUUCACCGAACGGUUGCACGAGUACGUCACAACGAUGGUCUGCGUGACGGUGAAAGGGGUACCGACCAUCGGCAUCAUUCACAAUCCGUUCACGAUGAAGACAACCUGGGCCUGGCGAGGCCGGGCCGUUUCGGAGACACUGAUGAAUGUGAAACACGAGCCGGAUGUCAAGCAUCCGACCAUCAUCGUGUCACGAUCGCAUGCCGGUGCUGUGAAGGAGCAGGCGAAACAGGUGUUCGGUGAGAACGCCCAAGUCAUUACGGCCGGUGGUGCUGGGUUCAAGGUGCUGCAGGUGAUACGGAACAACGCGACGGCCUAUCUGCACACGACGCACAUCAAGAAAUGGGACAUUUGUGCUGGCGAUGCCAUACUGGGGGCGAUCGGGGGAAAGAUGAGCGAUCUGCGCAACGGUAACAUCGAGUACGUGGAUUCGCAGCCGCUCAAUCCGAACGGACUGCUGGCCACGGCGCUGGCAUCAACGCACGAGGCGUACAUGCAGCGAAUAUUGGAGAGUAAAUUAGCAGCACAUUUGACGCACAACUAACCCUACUCCAUUUCGUACGCACCCACGGAAACCACACGGGUUGAGGCCGGGCUAGCUAUAUCCCGUGCCUCGUUCUGCUUUCCUAUAUCACGUCGUUAUUAAUGGCCAAUUGGAACCCAAAUAUGAACGCUGAUUGUUUAUCUUCUCAAUGACUUUAACUUUGUUGUCGCCAACCGACGAUGAGGUCUCACUUUGGUCGAAUAGAUUGAAUGUUGCUCGGGCUCGGGUGCGUUCAAUUGCCUAGGUUAAGUAGGAACAUUUUGUUAAUUUCCGUUUCAAUGCAGAAAAAAUACCUAAGGUUUUGCAAUAAAUCUAUGUAAUAAAGA